CUCUGCUACACACACGUUCUCUCACUCUCUUUCAGAAGAGCUGCAAGAGGUAGUUAUGAGACACACCUUUCUCAGAGAUAAGUACAGCAGCCACACAAAGCCUCCUUACUUAAUCAUUAACGACCUUGGUAUGUAAAGAAACCUACAAGGAAAUGGGAGGACUAAUUUUAGCAGGGGCUCAGAAGGUAUCAGACAGAGUUACUCAAAGAAGCAAGGGACAAGCACGUCUUCAUAUUGGGGCUGCUGGUUGCUGACGGGCUGGCUGAGGGUCAAUCUCAUCCUCUUCUUCCAACUCACUGUCAGAUUCCGAAGUGAAUUCUUCAUCUUCCAAAGUGGAAGACGGUCCUUCCACACUAGCUUCUCUCUCUGCAAAAAUGAUUUCUAAGGCCCUCUGCCAUACUGAUUGAUUGUGGAGAUCAAGUCAAGAGAAACAAGAUGGACCUGCUAAUCCAGCAAACGGUGAUGCUUUGGCUCUCUGUUGCUCGCACACUCACAACAGCAGAGCUGGUGAAGCUAAGCACUGUUGACUCUGUCAUUGUGCCAUGUCACCAGCGUGUAACCCUCCGAUGUGGCAUCACCACAUUACAGGAGGGGCUGUCGAUCAAACAUCUGGCCUGGGUCCGCCAGGACGGCAUGCACCUGUGUGACGUUAACGGAACUGGAGUGACCGGGACCCACUCAGGGAGCACACCUAGUACCAUGGAGUGUAGUUAUACCCCGCAGACACAGCUGACCCUGACUCUGCUGCAGGUACAGCCACUGGAGCGGGGAAAGUACUUGUGCAAGCUACGCUCCAAUCACGGAGUAAAGGAGGCCACUACAACGGUGGAGCUGCAAGAGUGCUACAGGGAGGCCCAGCCCAGUGUCAGUGAUGAGGGCCCAACCUGCCGCUUCACUGGGGUCUACCCUGAUGGAGAGGUGCACUGGUUCCAGGGACCCAACAACGUGACUGGGGACUCUACAAUCAACACUAAACAAGUGGAAGAUGGAGCGUCAUUGACUAUAACUAGUUCCCUGAAAAGAAAGACCGUCUCUGGGGAAGGGGCCUACAACUGCUCCCUGUGGAUCCCCAGUACCGGAGCCUACCUGACCAGCAGCUUAGUGGUACCAGAGCAUAGUAAAGCAAAGGUUGUGUGGCCCAAUGCCAGUGGGGCAGGGUCCAUUGGUCCUUUGUGGAAACCUUUUCUAUUCCUCCUGAGUACUCUCUUCCUGGUGUGAUGUCUUGAAAACAAACAUUGACAAGCAAGUGGAUCAUUUAAUAAGAAUAUAGAAGAGCCAUUGUGUGAGGUUCCUUUCAUGGUCCAAAGGUUUCCUUGGCUGCGUAGAACAAGGAAAUGAUAACCUGAGGCUGGUAACCUGCUGCAAAUCAACCUAUUGUGAACGCACCCUUGUUGGUCUGCCAGUGCCCGAUGUUAAUUAGAUUGUUAAUUAAAAACAGCAAAUGGCAGUAGAAACAAUAACAAAGCUUACUUCCUUCCCGUUUCGGUGAAAAGCUGAGGGAUGGGGCCGGAGAAAUGUAACCACUCUCAAAUUCAUAGACAGUGCUUUGGAUGCAUGGCCUGACCAUCCAUGAUAUCAAAAUAAUUAGUUUUAACAAUGUUUCGAGGCUAUAUAGUGUUUUAUUAAAUUGGAGUUAAACAAGCUUCUGAUGGUGUAAGACAGUUGCACUAAGCUCAUGAGGCAUUUGUAAGUUAUAUUCUUCAAGAAUGAAUGUGUACAUAUAUAAAAUUUAAAAAAUGAUGUAACAACUACUGAUUGCCCCUUUAAGGGCGUGACCUUUUGUAGAAAAGCAUUCCUGUUUGCGUUAAUCAGAGAUCCCCUUACUGUUCGGCGUGCUUUGGGCGGACAGGAGCGGUGGUUUAAUUGGGUUGAUUUUCUACGUUUGAUUGAAUGUGAGUUGUGCGAGAAACGUAUUGUUAGUAAUGAUGUCUGUGAGGUGAUAUUCCUGCUUAGGAUGGAUGUAAAUAAAUGGCUGCGUCCUGA